AUGUACGGCGAACUCGGAAACAAACUGGUCCAACACGCCAAGCGCACGCAAUCCCUCGUCCACCUCCCCCCCUACCAAACCGAACUGGUACGUACCGUCGCCCGCGAAGUCCGCGAUCUCGACCGCGACGUCGCCCGCCUCCUCGAGCCCUUCGGCGGCAGCUUCAAUCCUUCUGCGGACCCGGCGACGGCCUGCGCCCUACUAGUCGACCACAUCUGCACGCGCCGCAACAAGCGCUGUCUCCUUGCGUAUCACCGCGUGCGCACGGAGAAGCUGGAGGAGCUCUGCUGGAAGGGGGUGGAUGUGCUGGAGCAGGAGCAGCCGAAUGCCGACGAAGGGGCGGCGGCGCAUGGGGUUGUGAGUUCGCAGGCGGGGACUCAUAGCUCGUUGAGUCCCGAGGAGGAGGAGUAUUUCCGGCAGUAUAGUGAUAUGUUGGCGGCCUAUAAGGGGCAGUGGACGGACAUUGAUCUCACGGGGAGCUUGGAGCCACCGAGGGAUCUGUUUAUCGAUGUGAGGGUCUUGAAGGAUGCGGGGGAGAUUCAGACGGAGUAUGGGUAUGUUGUUGUUGUUGUCUUUGCUUUUGCCUGUCGGCUGAGCAAUCCUACUGCAUCCAUCGAAAGCGGAGCUGAUAAGUGUGAUGUUUUACAGGGUUAUCAAUUUGACGAAGAACAGUCAACUCUACGUUCGACAGGGCGAUGUGGAACGGCUGAUAGCACAAGGGUUCCUGGAGCGACUGGGUUGAUUGGAACCAGACGAUGGUGA